CCAAGAUGUGAGCCCGAGAUCAAGAUGAUUGGUUUGGAAAUAUCGAUGAUGAUGUAAGUUUGAGGCAAACGUGUCUAUUUCUACUUGUGAGAAAAUGCUGGCCACUUUCGACCUUGGCAGUUUGUUUCUUUAACUGUCUAUACUGAAUCAUUUCAUCAAACGACGCUCUUUGGAACUGGAAAUUUGGGAAGAUGGCAGGCGAUAUUGAGAGAGCAAGUCCCAAGUUUCAAAAGCUUCCAUGGCUCCUUGAAUAUCGGUCCUCUGACUGGUUCAUCCUCACCACGGUGUGCUGUGCCAUAUUCACUGUAAGCUCGCCAAAUGAUCUUUUCUCCGGUAUCUAUCUAACGUGGCUUAGGAUGCCUUCCUUUAUGGUGUUGUAAGCAUCCCCGUUCAUACCAUCUAUACAUUUGAUUCGAAAAAGCGAGUGGCUGAAGCUAUAUGAAUGUUAUAUUAACAAUAAACAGGUGGUUCCCGUUCUUCCAUUCAGUCUACAAGAGAGAUCGGGUGUGCCGGAAGAAGAAGGUACGUGGGAAAUGUCGAGACUUGACCAUCCACUGAUCAAAAAUAGUCCAAUGGUGGACGUCUUUCAUAUUCGCUAUCUUCGGUGCUGCUAUUAUAAUUGGGUCUCCAAUUUGUGGAUGGCUCGCAGAUCAUACUACCGAUAGAUCCAUUACUUACUUCGUUGGUUUAUUCAUCCUAGCGGCUGCAACUCUUCUUUUUGGAUUGGCGAAGAAAGCAUGGCUUCUUGUCGUUAGCAGAAUGUUCCAAGGAUUCUCGGCUGCGAUUGUUUACACCGUCGGGCUCGCACUAUUGGUUGAUACUGUUGGGAGUGAAAAUAUUGGACAGUGGAUGGGCACAGCUUUAUCAUGUUCCAGUGUUGGUCUCAUUAUCUCACCUUUGCUUGGGGGCAUCGUCUAUGAUAAGGCCGGCUAUAUGGCUGUGUUUAGUAUGGCUGCUAGCCUCAUCGUUAUUGAUGUCCUACUGCGCAUGUUGAUGAUCGAGAAACGGACAGCCGAAAGAUACCGGAACGUUCAUACUUCCCCUGCCGAACGUGAGGUUCAAACUAACGGCUCAGAGAGCAUUAACAGCUGGAGUGAGCCUUCGGAUACUCCGAAUCCUACACCUCCUGGAUUUGGUAUACCAAACUACGAUGAAUCUAGCGCUCUUCUGCCAAAGAAGAUUCAAAACAGCAACCCAGCCUCCAGAGCCUGGACCCUUCCACCGGUUAUUACCUUGCUCGGUUCACCACGAGUUUGUGCGGCCAUAUACGGCAUUUUUGUUAACGUUUCGAUUCUCGCCACAUUUGACAGCGUUCUCGGAUUGUUCGUCAAGGAAACCUUCCAUUGGAGUUCUCUUGCAGCCGGACUCAUAUUUCUGUGCUUAGCUGUCCCUGGACUUGCAGGCCCACUCGUCGGUACGCUUUCCGACAAUCUAGGUCCUCGUUGGAUAGCCGUUGUUGGAUGUACCUUGACAGCAGUGCCAUUGAUACUUUUGCGACUUGUCGAUAAUGAUACUACCGAGCAGAAAAUUCUGCUAUGCGUCCUAUUGUCUAUAUGCGGUAUGAAAACUAACUAACUCAAAUUUUCCUCCUACCAGCUUAUGAACACCCGCUAAUCUGAUCCCUAGGUUGUACACUCAUUCUUAUCGUAGCACCUGUUGCCGCCGAUCUUUCUCUAGUCGUUGGAGAAAUUGGGAUCGAAAAUCCGGGCAAAUUCGGUCCUGGAGGGGCUUAUGCACAGGCUUACGCCCUGUUCAAUUGUUCUAUGGCUGCUGCUACCAUAUUUGGCCCAGUAUUUGCCGGCGCGUUGAUUACACAAUAUGGUUGGAAGACUAUGGGUCUAGCUAUGGGUAUAUUUUCUCUCACUGGGGCGAUUCCAUGUGUAAGUACAGAGCCUCUUCCUCCUGCUUUGUCCUUUUGUCUAUUUUAUCGAUGCCGCCUCAAGAAAUAUUUACUGACGAUAUAAUCAAUAGCUAUUUUUCACUGGCGGGCGACUAUUUCGGAAGGAGUCAAAAAGCGCAACCGUGAACCUGGGAUAGAUUGUGAUAAAAGACUAGGCUUUCCGGACAAUAUUUGAUAUUCGCGACUUGUCAAGCUAUUUGGUUUGCUACAUGGACUUCUCUACAUUUUUCUUUUUAAAUUGCUCUUUCGUACUUAUCUCACAUUCAUUUAAUUUUGUUGUUUCUUGGAUCAAUGUAACUAAACUUUCUUUUGCACAAGAUGCACCAAAAGUCUUAAAUUGUAAUUUCAUUGUUUAAUUAAAU